CACACUUUUCAUUCACACAUCUGAACAUAUAUUUCCUUGUGGAUUUAAUUGUUAUCCGUUGGUACGACCAAAACAAACCGAUAUAAUCAAAACGGCAAUAUUAAAAUCCAGUAGCUUGAAUAACAAGUGACGAACAGAGGAAACCGCUGGGACGCAUGCUGUUAUAUUUAUGGUUAUAUUCAUUGUUUUGUUUGGUAUCGUUAUGAAUCGUUUAUGAAUGUGAUUCUUAUUGGAACUGUUGUAGAUCAUCGAUUUCUCAACAAGGUGGGAAUAAACAGCUCGCAACAAGCCAGCAGAGAAAAGAAGCAGAAGAAACAAAAAUAAGUACUGACCAGUCACCAUCAUGCCCCGAUCUAACUUUUUGUUGUGUUUGAUGGUCUUCAUUUCCCUGGGACUGUCCGGGAGUGAUGAGCCAAACCUAUUCCUGCCGCCAGCAAGCGAGAUGCCCACGGAAGCCGGGUUGUCGCUGAUAGAGUUGGAGGAAGCUGGUGCGCACGAGUGCUCGGCAUGCGUUUGGCGAGAGCAGAGCAAGGUGCUAAGACUGGAGACCAUCAAAUCUCAGAUCCUGAGCAAGCUGCGACUCAAGCAGGCGCCUAACAUAAGCCGAGAAGUGGUGAACCAGCUGCUCCCUAAAGCGCCGCCACUGCAGCAGCUCCUGGACCAUCAUGACUUCCAAGGGGACGCUUCCUCGCAAGACGAAUUCAUGGAAGAGGACGAGUAUCACGCCACUACUGAAUCUGUCAUCACCAUGGCCUCGGAGCCGGAGCCCCUGGUCCAGGUGGACGGAAAGCCCAGCUGCUGCUUCUUCAAGUUCAGCCCCAAGCUGAUGUUCACCAAAGUGCUGAAGGCCCAGCUGUGGGUGUACCUGCGCCCGCUCCAGCAGACCUCCACCGUCUACCUGCAGAUCCUGCGGCUGAAGCCGGUGACCGAGCAGGGCAGCCGGCACAUACGCAUCCGCUCGCUCAAGAUCGAGCUCAACUCCCGCAUGGGCCACUGGCAGAGCAUCGACUUCAAGCACGUGCUGCAGCACUGGUUCAAGCAGCCGCACACCAACUGGGGCAUCGACAUCAACGCCUUCGACGAGAGCGGCAACGACCUGGCCGUCACCUCCCUGAGGCCCGGCGAGGAAGGACUGCAGCCUUUCCUGGAGGUGAAGGUUCUGGAGACGACCAAGCGCUCGCGGCGGAACCUGGGCCUGGACUGCGACGAGCACUCCACCGAGUCGCGCUGCUGCCGCUACCCGCUCACCGUCGACUUUGAGGCCUUCGGCUGGGACUGGAUAAUCGCGCCCAAGAGGUACAAGGCCAACUACUGCUCAGGCCAGUGCGAGUACAUGUUCAUGCAGAAGUACCCCCACACCCACCUGGUGCAGCACGCCAACCCCCGCGGCUCGGCGGGGCCCUGCUGCACCCCCACCAAGAUGUCGCCCAUCAACAUGCUCUACUUCAACGACAAGCAGCAGAUCAUCCACGGCAAGAUCCCGGGCAUGGUGGUGGACCGCUGCGGCUGCUCCUAGACCUCCCCCCCCGGCCCCCCGCCCCCCCCUCCCCGUCAGGACACCCCAACCGCCUUCUGCCAUUCGACUUAACUGAGCUCUCCCCAAACGCCAUUUCCUGCUCCCCCCACUCCCCCCCCACCCCCCAGAAAACUAUCUGACAGACCGCAAUCUCCCUACAUCCCCAUGCACAUCAGAAAGAGACAAAAAAUACAAAUUAAAAAAACGAAGGAAGAUGCUUUUAUAGGUAGUAAUUUUAGUGAAAAUUGGAAAAAAAAAUACAUGAAUGAAAUAUAAAACAUAAAGACAGGACUUUAGCAAAACCUUAGGAAUAUAUAUUGAAGGGAGAGUGUUAUGGAGCAGCUGGAAAGCCUAGGGUAAAGUGAAAAAAGCUAUGUUUUUUGUUUGGUGUUUGUAGUUUUGUGGUUGUUUUUUCAUUCAAAAGUCUAAAAAAAAAAAAGUAUCGGGUUCUCAGUUAAGAUUUUCUGUGAUAAUCUGGUUCUUGAAUCCAGAAUUGUGUACAUCUGCCCACAAACACAGUGGGACAUCACACAUUUAACACUCAAGUUUAUUCAUUUUUUGUGCAGGAAUGUUUUUUCUGUCGAGGGGUUGCAUGGUAAAAUUAACCAUACAUCCUCAUUCAGCUGAUUUGAACUUAAAGACUGGUGCACAAUUUGGAAAGCUAUUUAACAUGGGUGAAGGUAAAAAAAAUCAAUUAAGGCACUCAAAGUUUUUUGUAAAUACAGAUUCCAAAUAAGCUCAGAAUUUUUUAAAGAGACAAGAUUUAAAAAACACUUGUCUUUGAUGUUCCUUUUCCCUAUUAAAUUCCUCAAAACGC